UCUAAAUGAGUGAAUCAAGUAAAUAAGAUAAUUAUACAUUUAGAUUCCACUCUCUUUUAUGCUGGGAUUACAUUGGCAUCUGGAUUGAUCACCGAUUUUCUGAUAAAUCGAUUGAACAAGAAGGAUGUAGCUGAAGAGCCCAAACCUUUGAGAAGUCUAACACUUAGAAAAAGAUCAUUUAGUAAUUUUGGAUAUUAAGAUAGUCAACUCGAAACAGGCUCCAGUUCCAGAAGCACUCUUAAACUCUGAGAAUCCAUUGCUUGAUGAAAUCAAAUUCUUAAACAGUGCAACUUGUGAUAUCGAGAGAGUCAAUCAUCUAUCACUUGGAUUGGAUGAUGAAUUUCCAAAUAUUAAAUCGCCAUUAUUGGGAGAAGGCAAUUUGAGAUCAGUUUUUGGAGGAGGUGGAUUCUUACCAGAUGAUGCCUUUGUUUAUUGUGGAUCCUAUGUAAUUAAUACAGCUGUAUUUGGUCCUGGCAAAAGGAUAGAAUAGACAAAGAAAUGGCUCAGAGCAGGACCACGUAAAUCAUUGUUCUUUGAUCCAAAAACAGUCAAAGUAUAAAUAGUCUAAUGUGUAGGCUGCAAUAGUGACAUGCGGAGGAUUAUGUCCAGGAUUGAAUGUGGUAAUAAGAGAAUUAUUUAUGUCUUUGCAUUACAACUAUGGAGUUCAAGAUAUCUAUGGAAUAAAGUACGGAUACAAGGGAUUUUAUUCUUAUGAUUGGAUUAAGUUUGAUGCAAACUAUGUUAAAAACAUUCAUAAUUUGGGAGGAACCAUAUUAGGUUCAUCAAGAGGUGGAUUUGAUUUGAACAAGAUAGUGGAGGCUAUUGUUAAUCAUGGAAUUAAUCAAGUAUUCUGUUUAGGAGGAGAUGGUACUCAUGGUGGAGUGUUGGAAUUGUUUAAGGAAUUAAGAAAGAGAAAGCUUAAGAUAUCAAUUGUGGGUAUUCCCAAAACUAUAGAUAAUGAUAUUGCAAUCAUAGAUGAAUCUUUUGGUUUUGAGACAGCUGUUGAAGUAAAUGUUUUAAAUCUAUUAUAAGGAAGCAAUUAAUGCCAUUAGAUCAGCAUAUGUUGAAGCCAAUUGUGCAGAAAAUGGUGUGGGAUUGGUCAGACUAAUGGGUAGAAAUGCUGGAUUUAUUGCUAUGUCUGCUUGCAAUGCUUCCAGAGAUGCACAUGUCUGUUUGAUUCCAGAAUUCAAAUUUGAGUUGUAUGGAGAAAGAGGGCUUUUGGAGUAUUGUUACUAGAGACUCAAGAAGAAGGGCACUUUGGUUCUUGUCAUUGCUGAAGGAGCAGGAGAUGCUAUGUUGGAUUAUAAAGUUAAUGUGUUGGAGACCGAUGCAUCAGGUAACAAAAAACCUUAGGAUGUUGGAGUCAUUGUGAAGGAUGAACUUACUAAAUAUUGUAAAAACAAAGCAAUGAGUAUCACUCUUAAACACAUCGAUCCUACAUAUAUGAUCAGAACAGUCCCUGCUAAUCCUCAUGAUAAGAUCAUGUGCACUUAAUUGGCUCAAAAUGCUGUUCAUGGUGCCAUGGCUGGUUUCUCUGGAUUCACUGUUGGUCAUGUUAAUAACAGAUUAGCUUACAUUCCAAUUGAAGAAUUGCUGUCUGGAAAGUACUCCAAUAGAGUUGUAGCUGAUAGUCGAGAAUGGCAAAGAUUGUUAGCCAGUACAGGUUAACCUUCAUUCUUGAACAAUGAGGAGCAGAUGAUCUAAUAAAAAUAAUAAUAAUAAAUUUGAGAAUAUUGAUAAAGCAUAUCUAUUAAAAAC